UGUAUUCAGUGUGCUGACUCAGAGUAUAAAUCUGACUUGUACUUUUAGGUUUUCACCUUCGUUGUCACAAAUUUGAGGAGAUCUCCACCUUAUGACCACCAUGUGGAAGGUGAUUCUUUUGUUUUGCCUGCAACUAUGCAAAUCCACGGCUGAGAGCACCGCCAGACCGAUCUAUAUGGUAACAAUUCCUCAUCACAUUCAUGGAGGUACUGUGGAGAAAGUUUGUGCCCAUCUCCUCCAGCCUAAUGAAACUAUAACAUUCACCAUAAACCUGUUAAUGGAGAGGAGAAAUCUGAUUCUUUUGGAGGAAACCAUUAAGGAGAAGGAUUUCUACAAAUGCUUUGAAUUCCAGGUCCCAAUGAGCAAUGAAUUUGUUGGACAUAUUGAGGUGAGACUGAGGGGCAACAGCUUUGAAGUUAAGAACAAGAAAAAAGUACUUAUUACCCCAAUACAGUCAAUGACCUUCAUACAGACAGACAAGCCCAUCUAUAAACCAGGACAAACAGUUAAAUUUCGUAUUUUUGCAAUGAACAAGGAUUUUUUACCUGUCAAUGAAAAGUACACAACUGUGGAACUAGUGGAUCCCCGCUCUAAUCGAAUUGGGCAAUGGCUUAACAUUUCUACCAACACUGGAAUUGUGGACUUAUCCUACCCCACAACUUCAGAAGCCCCUCUGGGAAUGUAUACUCUGAGAGCAUUGCAGGAACAGGGGUUCAGUCUUCAUGAAAAGUUUAAAGUAAAAGAAUAUGUUCUCCCAAAGUAUGAAGUUGUGAUUAAACUACCAGAAACUGUGACCAUUAAUGACACAGAAGUCAAGGUUCAGGUCUGUGGAAAGUACACAUAUGGAAAACCAGUUGUAGGCAGUGUGAAACUCAGGUUUUGCCGAAAAACUUUCCAUUAUUUGUUUUCCACAGGAAAAAAAAAUGAUAUUUGUCAAAGGUUCAUAACAAUGACUGACAAGUCUGGCUGUGCAACGCAAGUUGUGGAGCUUGAAGAAUAUGCAUUGAAUUCUACAGGAUAUGAAAGCUCCUUUAUAGCAGAUGCUGAGUUGACUGAAGUAGGGACAGGUGUUACACUCCAAGCAAGUUCUACUGCAAAAUUCACUCAUGUUUUGGUUAAUGUCAAUUUUGAGGAUACACCAAACUCAUACAAACAAGGAAUCCCUUUCAAAGGAAAAAUAAAAGUGAAUCAAGCUGAUUCCUCUCCAUUUGCUAAUGAACAAGUGUUCCUUGACAUAUCCAAAUCUGGAAUGGCAGAAACCCAAGUCUUGAACACAGAUGGGAAUGGUGUUGCCUUUUUUUCAUUGAACACUUCAUCCUGGGAUUACAGAACUGUUAGACUAAAGGCAUAUUACAAAAAGGAUAAGGAAACCUAUACUUAUGGUUUGGUCUCUCCCAGUUAUCGCAGUGCAAAUCUUUUUAUAAAACCCUUUUACUCAAAAAGCAAAAGUUUUGUAAAGAUACAAGACAUUAAUGGAGAGCUUGACUGUGAAACAGAAGCGAAAAUCAUCACCGACUACAUCAUAAAAAGAGAUGAGCUUGAGGAGGGGGCAACAUUUGUUGAAUUUUUCUAUCAAGUAGUAGCAAAAGGAGGCAUUGCAAUCAAUGGGAGACUUCAGACUCACUUGAAGGACAGAGAAGAAGGAUCCUUUGAUUUCACAUUUCCUGUCACUUCCAAUGUCUCACCAUAUGCUCAAGUUGUCAUUUAUGCCAUUUUGCCAAGUGGAGAGAUGAUUGCAGAUAGUAACGAUUUUAAAGUUACAAAGUGUUUUAAGAACAAGGUAGAACUGAGGUUCUCUUCGCCCCGUGUGCUUCCUGGUGGUGACACUAAUCUGCACCUGCAAGCUAAGCCAGGAUCGUUUUGUUCUGUUCGCUCUGUUGAUAAAAGUGUUUUGUUAAUGGAUUCCAGCCAUGAGCUGACUGCAGAUGUGAUUUAUAAUCGGAUCCCUGUUCAGAAAAUGAAUGGCUACAGUCAUAAAGUAGAUGACUAUGAACCAUAUCUCUGUUUUAACCGUUUUCGGCGCCCUCUACGGAAGCUUUCAAAACAUUAUUUUAAACGUCAUUCAGAAAAUAUUUUUAGCAUUUUUAAGAGUCUGGGCUUAAAGUUACUGACCUAUUCUGAUGAAAACAACCCAGUCACCUGUUUGUCACAUGUACUGUUUUCAUUAUCAGUGAACAGUUCUCCUCGUUUAAAUAUGGCCAAACAAAUUCUUGCUGCCCCCCAACCUGACUCAGCAAAAGAAACUGUCCGUAAAUUCUUUCCAGAGACAUGGAUUUGGAAUCUGAUUUCAGUCGGCGAGACAGGUGUAAUCGACCUUCCCCAGACUGUUCCUGAUACCAUCACCGAGUGGCAGGCCGAUGCAUUUUGCACUUCUCCUGAAGGAUUUGGUUUGGCACAUCCCAUUGGACUGACAGCUUUCCAGCCUUUCUUUGUAGAGCUGACUUUACCCUACUCAGUGGUCCGUGGUGAAGCAUUCCAGCUAAAAGCCUCUGUUUUUAAUUAUCUGUCCCAGUGUAUUGUGGUUAAGGUGAGUCCAGCUGAGUCUUCCCAGUACAAUUUAGAACCAUGUGAGGGGUGUGAAUACAAAAGCUGUGUGUGUGCUGAUGAAAGCAAAGUAUUCCACUGGACUUUUACAGCUAAAGCUCUGGGUGAAGUGAAUAUAACUGUCCGCGCUGAGGCUCUAAACACAGAGGAGUUAUGUGGAAAUGAAGCAGUUGCUUUUCCCGACCAUGGACGUGCUGACACUGUCAUCCGGAAACUGCUUGUAGAGGCAGAGGGAGUUCAGAAAACAACUGCAAUCAAUGCUCUGUUGUGUCCUAAAGAUGAGCACACUGAGUCUAAAACAUUUUCUUUGGAGCUUCCAGAAGUGUUUGUAGAAGGAUCAGCCAAAGCAUCUGUGUCAGUCCUAGGAGAUGUGAUGGGACGAGCCAUGCAGAACCUGGACAAGCUUCUAGCUAUGCCUUUUGGGUGUGGAGAACAGAAUAUGCUGCUUUUUGCUCCUAACAUUUACAUCCUACGCUAUCUGGAAGCAACAGGACAGAUGACAGAACAAAUCAAAGCCAAAGCAAUCCGAUUCAUGGAGAGUGGGUACCAGAGGGAGCUAAACUAUAAACAUAUGGAUGGAUCUUACAGUGCAUUUGGCAAUUCAGAUGAGUCGGGCAACACCUGGCUGACAGCAUUUGUGAUGAAGUCAUUUAGCAGCGCACGCCGUUUCAUCUUCAUUGAUCCUGCACAUAUCAGUGAUGCAAAGAAAUGGUUAGGUAAACACCAGCUGGAAAAUGGAUGCUUCCAGAAUGUCGGGAAACUUUUUCAUAGUGGAAUGAAGGGUGGAAUUAAUGAUGAAAUUUCUCUAACUGCAUAUAUUACCACAGCUUUAUUGGAGCUUAAAACACCACUCAGCGAUUUUAUUUUAAAAAACAGCCUUUCUUGUCUGAGAUCAUCAUUAAAUACCGUGACUGAUGUUUACACAAAAAUCCUCUUAUCCUACAUGUUCACUUUGGCAAGAGAUGAAAUAGCCAGAAGCUCUUUGCUUUCUUUUAUGGACAAAGUGGCUGUUAAAGAAGAUGGUUUUCUACAUUGGGAACAAUCUGGAUCUGGUGAAAAAAUCAGAUCUGUUCAGGUGGAGAUGACAUCUUAUGUGCUGCUGUCACUGUUAUCUGCACCGCCUCUCCCAGGAUUUGACCUCACAUUCUCAUCUAGCAUUGUGCAAUGGCUUGUUCAUCAGCAGAAUUCAUAUGGAGGCUUCUCAUCCACACAGGACACAGUUGUAGCGCUGCAGGCUCUGGCUCUUUAUGCUGCUCAAACUUAUAAAAUUGAUGGUUCCAGCACACUAACCAUUAGCUCUGCACAAGGAUUUCAAGCACAGUUCCAUCUGGACCAAAGCAAUCGACUGCUCUAUCAAGAGAGGACUCUGCCGGAAAUUCCUGGGACAUACAGCGUUCAGGCAGAGGGUGAUGUGUGUUCUUUUGUGCAGCUGGCACUUGAGUACAAUGUUCCACCACCUCCAAACUUUUCAAUUUUCAACAUCACAGCUGAAGCUGAAGGACAAUGCAACAGUAGUGAGAAAAAUAUGUUACACCUCAAAAUCGUUGUUGGAUACAAUGGAAAUCGAGACAGGACUAACAUGGUCAUUGUAAAUGUCAAACUGCUUUCAGGGUAUCAAGUGGAUAUGGCAUCCAUUUCAAUUCUUAGACGUAAUCUACUUGUGAAACGUAUCGACAAGGAUAAAGGAUACAUUGACAUCUACCUUGAGGAGCUUGUACAAAGAAAAUCUCUGACUUUACACUUCACCAUUCAAGAGGAGAUUGCAGUGAAGAAUAUGAAACCAGCGACUGUCAGGAUUUAUGAUUACUACCAAACAAAUGAUCAUGCUGAAGCUGAAUACAGAUUUCCUUGCACUACAGAUGGUGAAGAGAAAAGUCAUGAAUUCUGAAAGAAGAAAUAUAAAUCAUCCCAAUGUGGACAUUCUUUCUCCUAAAGUUCUGUUGUUGGAAACAAAAAACACCUUUUGGAAUUCAUCAAGUAGUGGUUGGAAACCAGCCUUCUACAUGUUCUUUUUAUUUUCAGAGCUGGCUGGCAUUUCUUUUGAAUUGUCAAUAAAGAGAUGAUUACUAUUCAUAAAUAACUACAGUACUAGCAUUGUGAAUGUUCUGUACUGUUUCAUGUAAGUCACAUUCAUUCUGGUUUUUAUACAGUAUUAGCCAAAAGGUAUGUUAGUAAAAUCCAGGUGUGACCAGAACAUCAUGUGUGGGUGGGCAUUUGGCUUGUCUGGGGGGGCAAAAAAUAUCCAUCCAUCCAUCCCCAUUUUUGUAGGGGGGUCAAAUAAUAAUAACAACAUAGUUUUAUACUGUAUAACAUAUAAAAGCAAAAAUUGUGGCAUAAAUCAUAACCUAUUGUUCAAUAAAAUUAACAGAGGUAAUGGAACUUGUAUUAUUAUUUUUUGUGAACAAAUAUAGAACUACAUCUACAAGGUAAAUAUCAAUAAAGUCAAAUGUAUACAACAUAUGAGAGCAAGAACAGAAACGUGGCUUAUUGAAGUCAUGGGAGGCUAUAGGACAUCAGUUUCCAGUAUUUAACCUGGAUAUUAUCUACAAGACCAGUCUGUGGUUACUCUUGGCAAAUUCUGAAAUAAAUUCAUUCAUAUCUAGAUUUUCUGUGAUGUUUUUCUCGUGUGCCAGAAUGACUAAAUUUCUCUUCCUUGAAUGCAGCAUUGUUCGGCGGAGUGGAGCGAGAAUGCGGUUCAAAGUAGAGAAAGAGCUUUCGCAUGCAGCUGAAGACACACCAAUGAUGAGUGCUGUGAUGCAGACAUGGCUCUGACGUGCGGGAUACUAGACACGUGUU